CCUCUCUCUCUCUCUCUCUCUCUCUUUCUCUCCCCCUCUCUGUAAGGGGGUUUCUGAAGGACAACAGACAGUCACUUCUGUAUGGCAGGGACGCUUGUGCUUGUCAUCUGUCAAAUGGGGAGAGAGCGAGAGCUGGAGGGGCGGAGGGAGGGUGAGAGAAAGGGAGAGAGAGAGAGAGAGAAUCAGAGAAACAGUGGGACAAUAAACUCUGGACUCAUUGUGGACCGUGUCUGUUUAACAGGAGUUCAUUGUAGUGGUCAAGCAGCCAGGCAGCAAGGCAGGCUUGCAUCUUUUUAUUUUUCAAUCCAUAAAAAUAACCAAUAAAUCUCAAUAUUCCUAAAAAUCUUAUUUAUAUAAAUCAUCAGCAUCCCAGAGAAAAUACCGCGUGGCAUCUUUAAAAGGCUGCGACUAUGAAGGCAAUGGGUUUUGGAACAGACAGAGAAGUGGGUAUUAGCAUUAGUCUGACUAGAGCUUAGUGUGUGUAUCUGUGUGUGUGCAUUCAUGUGUGCCAGUGUAUGAGUGAGUCUAUGUGUGUGGGUGUAUUUAUUGUUUUUAAAUUAAUUCCUAAUUUGUUUCUGUUUUUAAUAAUGCCGUACUGUUUGUGAAGAUCUCUGUAUGUGGUUUAUCGAGGUGUGUUAAAUAUCUGAAUAUAUAUAUAUGUGUGUGUAUGUGUAUGUGCCUUAUGUAUACACACACACACACGCGCGCACACACAUAUAUAUAUAUAUAAAUAUACAUGCACACACACUGAGAGGAGGGAGCGAGCAUGUGCAAGUGGCAGAGAGUGUGAAAGAGACCUGGCUUAGUACGUACAGGUAUUGAUUUUGUCCUAUUGAUUGCGAUGUUUAGCCUAUAGAUUUUCUAUUUAAUAAUAAUCUAUACAUGCCAGGCGGAUUUUAGGUUUAUUUCAGAUGAUGGCUAGCAGACAAAGAAGCUGAUACCAAAAGUACAACUAAAAAGUAGAUUUCUAUAAUGUUAUAUUUUAUAUAAAUAUUUAUUUGACUAUUUCUGCAACAAUAUACAAAGAUUUUGGAUAACCUUGCUAUUUCUCUUUUUUUCUCUUGCCUUUUUUGUUUUAGAGAUAAAAGAAAAAAAUUCAUAGUGAGGUCUCCAAAGCACAGUGGAAAUGUAUAAUGUGAUUAUGGAAAUAUAAAAUAAUUAUAUUAAUAAUAAGUAACAAUAAUAAAGUAAAAGAAGACAGGCAGAUGCAGAGAGAAGGAAAAAAGGAAAGAAAGAGCUCAUCUCACUUCUCUGUCUGUUCACUGCAGCUACAUUUUUAUCUUUGUGUUAUGUAUUAAUUAAUAUCUAUUAAGUUGCAUCAAUUUUUGCAGUCGAGCCAUUAAAAAAAAUGAAUAAAGAAUUAAAGAUAAAAAUCCAGAGUCCUUGAGAACGAUGGCUCCCUCCUUUGUUGUGCUCUUUUAAGCUUGCCACAUUUUUUUUUUCUCUUUUGGCUUUUAAUUUUCCUGCUGGUUUUUUCGCUUCUCCGUGGCUUCGCUCGCAGGCUGCCUGAGCGAGAUUCAUUUUUCUUCUGGCUGGGGCGAAGGUGACAGCAGAGCUUCCCCUAGCAGUGCUUUGAUUUUGUGAGAUUUCAGAGAGAGAUCCUCUGCUGGCUGCAGCUUCUCACUAUGCUAUAGAAAGAGCCAGCUGCUGCUCACUGCCUUGUCUUCUGUUUCCGUGAGAGAGGCAUCUCAAGGAGCUCAGCUGCUGCUGCUCCCUGCUCUUCUUCUUUUUUUUUGUUUUUUUUUUUUUGUUUUUUUUUUUGUUUUUUUGGUUGGUGCCUUGGCUGCAACUGCCUUUGUCUGUCUAAGAAGUUCUGCAAUUUUGACAACUAGGAGUAACCAGCAUACAAGAAGACGGCUGGGGAGCAAGGAGCAGUGAAGCAUCAUGUUUGUCCCUCUGCCAGUCCCCUUCGUGUUCCAGCGAGCCUCUUCGGAAGUGGCGGCAUGGCGAUUGAAAUCUCCCCUUUCCCUCCGAGCAGCCAACGAAAUAAGAAUGUCAAAGCCUUCAGACAUAGAGAAGCCCAGAGCAGACAGCUUACAGCAGGAUGGUGGAGACACUGAAAGAAAUGGUUCAGACUCCAACCAUCAGGCUCAGACAAUGAAAGGAAGUCAAUUUCCAGCAUCUCCCACAAUGCACACCACUAAGGUAAAAGCUGAAGACUCCAGUGAAAUGUGCCAGGCGCCUCCGCCUGUUUCCACCCAGCCUCCCACCUCGCAAACACAUCUUCCCCAGACACAGCUCAUGCUAGCCGGCAGCCAGCUUGCUGGGCUCACUGCUCUGAUGCCUACGCAGCAGCAGCUGUUAUUGCAGCAGGCUCAAGCUCAGCUUCUUGCAGCUGCAGUGCAACAGUCAAACGCUGCUGUGGCUGCUCAUGCUGCUGCAGCGUCAAGUCAACAACAGCAGCAGCAAACAGCGAACGCCAGUGAGCAACAAAAUAACCCUCCCCAGGCUCCUCCCCAGCUAACCCUCUCCCAGCCAAUCCAGCUUACUGCCCAGGAUAUCCAGCAGCUCUUGCAGCUGCAACAACUCGUUCUCGUUCCUGGACAUCCUUUGCAAUCUCCGGCACAGUUUCUGCUACCUUCAGCCCAGCAAGGACAACAAACAGGUCUGCUAACAACACCAAAUUUAAUUUCACUACCUCAGCAGAACCAAGGAGGGCUGCUGUCACCUCCUGCUAGACUUGGCCUCCAAGCACAGGCAGUAAACAGGGACCCUCAUUUACAGUCUUUGCAGCAGCACAGCCAAAGCAGCAAGUGUGUUGAAACAUCUGGCACACACCCUGAUGAGCCUAGUGACCUGGAGGAGCUGGAACAGUUUGCCCGUACAUUCAAACAAAGACGUAUCAAGUUGGGCUUCACACAGGGAGAUGUAGGUCUGGCAAUGGGCAAGUUGUAUGGCAAUGAUUUCAGCCAGACGACUAUCUCACGCUUUGAAGCCCUGAACCUUAGCUUUAAGAAUAUGUGCAAGCUGAAACCUUUGCUGGAGAAAUGGCUGAAUGAUGCAGAGACCAUGUCAAUGGAUACCACACUCCCCAGUCCCAAUCACCUCAACAGCCCCCCUCUAGGCUUUGAAGGCCUGCCUGGUCGCCGCAGGAAGAAACGCACCAGCAUUGAGACCAAUGUCCGUGUGGCCUUAGAGAGGAGCUUUAUUGCGAACCAGAAGCCUACCUCAGAGGAGAUCCUGCUUAUUGCUGAGCAGCUGAACAUGGAGAAGGAGGUGAUACGGGUUUGGUUCUGUAACCGGAGACAAAAAGAAAAGCGCAUCAACCCAGCUAGUACAACACCACCAUUGCCCAGCCAGCAAUCGACUCCACAUAAAGCCCCCAGUUACAGCCCACAUUUGAUCACUAGUCAAGGACUAUCCCAGGCCAUCAGCAGCCUUAGCACAGCAGUGACAACAAUGUCUUCAGGAGUGGGCCCAUUGACACCCGCUCCAAUUAAUUCCACUCCAUCACCUGUAAGUCCACCCACUAAUAGUAACAGCACAAGCAGCAGCCCCCAAAGCCACACACCCCUUGGACUGCCUGGACUCAACCCAAACACAGGGAGUUCAUUGUUGGGGGUGAAUGCAGGAAUUAACCAAGCCCUCAUGGCUAACAACCCUCUGGCCACUAUCCAAGCCCUGGCGGCAACUGGUGGCCAACUGCCCAUUACCAGCCUUGAUGCAAGUGGCAACCUGGUCAUAGGCACUGCUGCAGGGGGUAGUUCUGGCACACAGAGUAUUGUGACCUCACCUUUGUUCCUGAAUCAUGGAGGACUGCCUUUGCUGGGCUCAAACACAGGUGUUGGAUUGGUCUCCGUUGCUGCCAAAGCCGCUGCUGCAACUCUUCCUGCUGCUGCCUCCAACUUGAGCUCCUCCUCUUCCUGUUCAGGCUCCUCCUCUUCUUCUUCCUCUUCCAGCAGCAGCAGCGAAUCAGCACAGAGUCCUCCUAUGCUGGGUCUGGGAGGGGCUAAGCCAGAGUGAUGGAGCUCCAGGCCCCCUUUUCCAAGCCCUGUCCAAUCCUUUCCUCCCUUUAACCCAGCACCCUCAAGGUGUGUGCAAGGUGAGGGAGGAUGGGACCAACAUGGUAGGAGCUAAGAAUUCUGGGAGAAAACAAACAAACAAAAAAAAAAAACCAAACCUCGUUUUAUCAUUUACAAAGAAAGACGCAGAAGAUUCCAAAAUGGAAAAAACAAAAAAUAAUAAUAUUGCUGUUAGCAAGAGGACUAGAAAACCAAGGAGAAAAAAAAACACAGGCGGAAAUUUCACACCAAAAAACAGCUUUACCCAAAGGUUCUGUACAUAGUCAACCCGACGCCAGAGGAAAAACUUUAGCGGAUUCUUUUCUCUUUUCUUUUCUUUUUUUUUUUUGUUUUGUUUUGUUUAUAGAAAUUCUGUUUGAAUUUUUUUAAUAUAUAUUGUACAAGUUGAGGAAAGCUGAGCCGUUUGAGGUUAGACCUCCUAUUUUUUUAUAUUUUUCUAUACUUUAAAAAAUGUUUAUUCUUUUUUAUUAUUUUGAUAGUUCUGUUGAGUAUCAUGUUUAAAAAAAGGUUAAAUGUAAAGGAAUUCCUAAAGUUCAAAAGUUUUAUUUAAUUUCUUUAAUUUAUUCAUCUUUUUUAUUUUUUAUUAUUAUUUUUUUUUUACUUUUAUUUUGCUUAAAAUAUCCCAACGACGGGGGAAAAAAAAAAACCAAACCAAGAUUUUGCUGCACUUGGCUUCUGUACUUGUUCUUACUUUAAAUAGUGCCUGCUGCAUCAGGACUCAAUCAACCACCACCAGAAGACGUGUCAGCGCCUAGAAAUGUGUGUGUGAACAAGGCUGGGAUGCUGGAAUGGCUAUCUUCUCUCUCUGUUCAAUGAAUACCUCACAGUGUUACCUUUCAGAAGCCAGCAACAUUUAUAAAUAUAUAUAGCAGUCUUACGAUACAUAUAUAUAUAUAUUUAUAUAUAUAUAUAUAUAUAAAUCACCAAGGGAGGCAGUUUCUUUCAAAGAGCAAAGACAAAGUACCUGCAUUUUUAAGAAGAUUUGCCUCUCUGCUUCUUAGAGCUUUACUUGGCUUCUUGAAGAGACAAACUACAGAAAAAGCCCCGAGUUUUUAUCUGCGGAUUUGUUUGAUUGCUGUAUUGUACCACUGUUUUUGUUGCUUUCUGAGUGUUAUUUAAUUUCAUGUCCUCUUUGAAUACCAAAGCUUUCUUCAAACACAGAGAAAGAAGCAUCGUGCCAUAACAAUGAUGGAGAAGAACAAAAAAGAGACAGCUUCACACAAAACAGUGAAUUAUGGGAGUACUGCAAAAAAAAAUAAAAAGCCAAACCAAAACAAAA